CAAUCGCCUUCCUCAGAGGAAACCAGCACGGCGGCCUGCGGCGGCGUGGAGAUGGUCCAGCUCAUCCUGCAGCAGGAUCUCACCUCAGCAGCUGACAGGCGUCCAGCCGGGUCCAGUCGCUCCAGCGAAACCAGUCCAGGGAGGAGCAGAUCUGAUGAUCCCUCAUUGUUCAGAUGAAGCACAGAAAAAUCUGGUUUGGUUGCGUCACGAAACUGUCAUGUUUUGACUUGUCCAGAAAAAUGUCCAUCACCUGAACCUGCGUGUCUCUGUUGGGCUGCAAGUUCCUAAAACAGUUUAUAAAGUUCAACAGUCAAAAAUUAACAGCAAAAUGUAUAAAUAUUUAAUUUGAAGCUAAAUAAUUAGCUUUCCAACCUAAUAUUUGCUCCAAACUACAUGUUGCUAACGCAACAUUGUGUUUGAAACUAAAUAUUGUGUCUGAAACUGUAACAUUUAUAAAUUAUACUACACCAUGUUGAAAAUGUGCAUCAUGAAACCCGUCACUUCUCUUCUGAGAGUAAACAAUCCAGGUUGUUGCUGUUUAUUUUUGGUAACUUUAUAAGCGUCGCUCCGUAUCUGUUAUCAUCGUCUCUAAGGUUCGUGACCCAGUUUUGGCUCCCUGAUUCCUCCAUGAUGCCUCCUGGGAGUCUGGAUGUGAUGAACAAUGGAGGCAGAAAACGAUGCCAGGGGAGAAGAAGAAGAAGGAAGUGAAAUCUGAAGCUCUGAGCUGUUAUAACUGCACAGACCUGAGUUGUGCCAGUCCAGGAAAACAGACUUGCUCCUCAUCUGAGCCGAUGUGCAUAACAGCAUCUAGCCAAGUUUCAGGAGAGCAGCUCAUCUAUAAAGGUUGUGAAUCCUCCUCUGUGUGUCUGAGUUCAGGCCAUUCAACCUUGUCACUCAGUACACGUCAGAUGACUGUGUCUGCUCUGUGCUGCAACACCAGCGACUGCAACAACUGGCUGUCCCUGCUUCUCCAGUGCCAAACUCUCUGCAGUGUUUCUCCUGUGCCCUCGCGAACUGCAGCGAGAAGAUCAGCUGCUCAGGAGAGGAGAGUCAGUGCUUCUCAUCAACCUUGAAUAUGGACGACCAAGAGUAUCCAUUUAUGGGCUGCAUGACUCGUAACCUGUGUGACGCCGACCUGGGUCGCCUGGUCCAGGAAGAUGUCGUUCCUCUCAACAUCAGCAGACUGAGCUGCUGUGGAACCAGUUUGUGCAACAAUCCACCAGUACCACCAAUGAAACCAGUGCCACCAGAAAAACCCAUACAGACCAGUGGUGGUUCUGGUGUGAAACUGGAGCUGACCCAGCUGCUGCUUGGUCUGCUGGUCUGUGCUCUUGUCAAUGACAAAUCAAUAGAAGGCUGGUAGGAGUUAAAUAUUAAUGUUUUAAAUAAGUUUAACUGUAUGAAACUGUAUCAAAAAAAGUUUACAUUUCUCGUUUCUCUGGUUUUCUCUCAGCCUUUCAUAGCUGAUAAAUCAGAUUAAAUGUGUGAUUUUUAAGACUAAAGUGAUCCAGAUUCCUCUGAAUUUAAAAACAAUUUCUUUUUACUUGAACCUGAUUUGUAAUGAAUCAGCCAACGACCCGUCUAAAUUUAAUUUUUCUUUCUUAUAUGAAUCAGAUUUUGUUGGUCUGUCAUACGGAGUCCCUCAGGGUUUCUCCUGUUUCCAGUGUAUUAAUCAACACGUAGUGGAUAAAAUGUUUUAUUUUAGUUUUUAACGUGUCCAGGAGAAGCUCAACAGAUUUCGUUUUCUAGAAGCUUCCAGCUGGUUUUUCGGUCUCCUGGGAGCCUUUAUGUCAUAAACAACAGGGAAAUGAUGGAGACGAUAACGUUUGUCAUAGACAAAUAGAUGCUAUCCGAAGCCAUCGAGCUGAACUGGAAACGUUUCUGGGUCGGCUUUUCUUUCCUCUGGUUCUGAGUCAUCCGACACCCUGGGACCGGCCGGGUACCAGAUGCUCACUUUACUAAAACAUCUUUACUUUCCAGCAUUAAGAAUGAAUCUGUUAUUUUCUGUCUGUUGAGCCAUUCAAGGAACAAGUUAAAAUACUAAAUUCUUUAGAUACUUGCUGUAUUAUUUUCAAAAGUUUUAAAUAAUGUUUAGAAAAAUGUUAAAACUCCAGAAUUUGGACUGUUUUUUAUUGUCUAAUUAAUUUGUAUCAUAUCAAAUCAGAUGAUCUUAUCUGUUACUCUUUUUACCAAAUACUAAAUCCUUGGAUUUAGUUUU